AAUUUCGCCACCACUGGCACUGACCACAAUGCCAGCUGCUUCUCAACUCAGCCCGUGCAUGCAGGCUCGCCUCAUGAUCAGACGACAAGUGCGGUGAUUCCUGCAGAAUUAGAUCUCUCUUUCUACUACCUUCCGCAAAGUUGUGUUGGUAAGCAUGUUCGGGCUUAUGUGUAUACCCGAAGUGCCAACCCUAACCGCUGCGUCCGUGGCACUGGAGUAUGCAAGAUGCGCUAUAGCUUUCUCACCGGCAUCUUCUACGACCACCGUCAUUCUGCAGUCCUUGCCUAUUGGUUCUCACGUCGUAUCGGUUUUCUGGUGUAUACGUUCACCAAGGUGGCCAGCACCCACGGCAUCGAGGUAUUAUUCACUGCUUCCCUUCAAAAUGAUCUGGAGAUGAUGAUUAGACCUGGUAAAACCAAGCUUGUCUGGGUUGAGACACUGUCAAACGCAACCCUCGGUCUUGUGGAACUUCAAAAGGCUGCCUCCAUUGCCCACUCCCAUGGGCUUUCUCUAGUUGUCGACAACACUUUUUGCUGUCUCUACGUUCAAAGUCCACUUUCACAUGGUGCUGAUAUUGUUGUUCAUUCGGCCACCAAAUGCAUCAACGGACAAUCGAAACAGAACGCGAUUGGAGCUGUCCCAUCUGCGUUCGACUGCUGGCAGGCACACUGCGGCUUGGAGACUCUCCAUCUUCGAUCUCAAGCCGCUACUAAGAGUGCUACCGCCAUUGCCUUUGCGCUAGAGACCUCUGAGAACAUCAUUUCCGUUCGAUACCCAGGUAUCGACUUCUACCCCAGCGGAAUAUUGCAAUGA